AUGACAUUAGUUCAAUCUCAAAAUCAAUUGAAUCUAAAUGAUUCAUUGUCAACAACCAUGACCCAAAGCACAACUCAAAAACAUGCUCAUGGUGCUAUUGUACGAAUACAUUUAGAAAAUUUCAUGACAUAUAAAGAAGUUGAACUUUAUCCUGGAUCACGUCUUAAUGUUAUUAUUGGACCAAAUGGUAGUGGAAAAUCAUCUAUUGUAUGUGCUAUUUGUCUUGGUCUAGCUGGUCAUCCACGAGUUAUUGGCCGAGCUGGUAAUAUUGGUGAUUAUGUUAAAACAGGCCAUGAAAAAGGCAUGAUUGAAAUUGAAUUAUUUAAUGCCGAGAAAGGUUCAAAUUGGAUUAUAAAUCGAACACUUCAUAUGCAUAGUGCUAGCAAAUGGACACUUAAUGGAAAACAAACUACAGAAGCAGCUAUUAAAGAAUUAAUGAAAAAACUUCAUAUACAAGUCGAUAAUCUAUGUCAAUUUUUACCACAAGAAAAAGUGGCAGAAUUUACAAAUAUGUCAAAAUGUGAUUUACUUGAAAAUACGGAAAAAUGUAUUGGUGGAGAAGAUCUUUAUUUACUUCAUAAAUCAUUAAAAACAUUAGGACAAGAAACACGUAAUCUUGAAGUUGAUUUAAAUGAAGCACUCCAUCAAGCAGCAACAUGUAAACAAAUAUUAAAACAUCUUGAACCAGAUGUUCAAGCAAUACAAGGUCGAAAAGAUCUUGAAGCUAAAAUUGUUGAAUAUUCACAAUGCAAAUAUUUUCGUGAUUAUGAAGAAAAAGCAAUUGAUUAUGGAAAUGUUACAAAAGCAUUUGACAUUGUUAAGAAAAAAGUCGAUGAAGUUAAUCAUCGAUUAAAACCAUUACAAGAUAAAAUUAAAAAAUCGAAAACUGAAUUAGACCAAGCUCAAACAGCAUUCAAAUCUAAAUAUAAAGAAUCACUUGAUUUAAAAAAUAAAUUAACCAAAGAAAUCAAUGCCAUAUCAGAACAAAGUGAUGAUUUAAUUGAAAAAAUUCGUGAUGAACUUCGUCAUAAAAAAGAUGAAGAAAAACGUCGAAUUGAAUCAUGUAAAGAUGUUCAACAACAAAUAAGUGCUCUUGAAGAACAAUUUAAUUCAAUGGAUAUUAAUUCUCAAGAUCAAGAUGAUUUACAAGCUGAAUGGAAUAAAUUAGAAGAAGAACGAAAAAAAAUUAGUGAACAACAAGCACAAAUGUCUAAUAAACAUCAACAAGUAAUUGAUGAAAUGCGUCGAAUUCAACAAGAUAUACAAAUUAAACAACGUGAACUUGAUCAUAUAAAUAAUGUUCAAGAAACUCGUUUAGCUAAAUUACAACAUCAAAAUCUUGAUGCAUGGAAAGCUGUUAAAUGGCUUCGUCAAAAUAAAAUGCUUUUUCAAAAAACAAUCUAUGAACCAAUGAUUCUUUCAUUGAAUGUAAAUGAUCCAAACAUGAUGAAAUAUGUUGAAUUUAUCAUUCCAAAACGUGAUCUUUUAGCAAUGUUUAUUUUUGAAGAUACAGAUGAUAUGGAAUUAUUUAUAAAAGAAUGUCAUGAAAAGCAAAAAUUAGUUGUACAUGGUUCAGCUAUUCCAAGUAUGUCGUUAGAAGAAUUUCGUCGUGAAUCAAUGCCAAUAAGGGAUUUAAAAAAAUAUGGCAUGUUUCAAUAUGUACUCGAUACAAUACAAGGACCGGAUUCAAUUUUACGUUAUUUAUGUCAAACUAUUAAAAUACAUACAUUACCUAUAGCUAAUGAGGCAGCAAUGGUACAUAUUGAUGAUAUUACAAAGGAUGGAAGAAUUCGAAGAUUUUUCGUAAAAAAUUUUUUUUACACAUUAUCGAUUUCAUAUUAUACAAAUGAACCAUCAACAACUAAUGUUCAUGUACAAAAAGAAAAAUAUUUAACGGAUAGUGUUAGUCAUGAUCGUAAACAGAAAAUUGAACAAGAACAUGCGCAAAUGAAAGAACGUUAUACUGAAUUACAAAAAUCUCAACAAACAUUUGAAAAAGAUCAAACUAGUCUUUCUCGUCAACUUGAUGAUGUUAAAGCACGAAAGAUUGCAAUCAAUGAUAAACGUAAUAUGAAAGCUAAACUUGAACGUAAAAUUGAAGAAAAAAAACAUACAUUAACUAUGUACCAAAGGAAACAAAUUGAUAUUGAAAAAGAAGAAAAAUUAGCACAUGAAAAAGAAAUGAAAAUUCAUGAAGAUAAAAUGCAUAAAUUAAGUGUACAAGUUAAAGAACUUGAGAAUUUUAAUCAAAAAUGUAGUACUAUGCUGAUCGAUAGUGGUCGUGUCGCUCUUGCUCGACAACAACAUCUUAAAGCUGAUGGAAAACUUGAGACAUAUAAUGAAGAGUUAACUCAACUCAAAGAACAAACGAUAAACUCAAAAAAACGUUUAGAAACAAGUGAAACAUUAAUACGUGUUGCUGCACAACAAGUUGUUAAAUCAUUAGAUAAAAAAAUUCCAUCUGAUACAAUUCUUCUUCCAAAUAAACUUCUUAAAGAAUUACAAACAAGAUUUUCUGAUUUUCCUAAGAGUUUAGCUGAUUUAGAAUCUGAAAUAAUGAAUUUUAAUGCUCAACUUAGUUGUCAAGGAACUAUUAAAGAUGAUGUUAUGCGUUUAUAUCAACAAGAAAAAACAAAUUUAGUUCAAAUUGAAAAUCGUAUACAUGAUCUUGAAAAUAAAAUUAAAGAAGGACAAAUAACAGCUGAUACUAGUAAAACAAAUUGGUUAAAUCAAGUUAAUAAAAUGAUUAAUGAUAUUAAUGAAAAAUUUGUUGAUUUAUUUAAUACAAUGGGUUGUAAAGGUGAAAUUUGUUUAGAUAUACCUGAAUCACCAAAAGAUUUUGAAAAAUAUGGUGUCAAUAUUAAAGUACAAUUUCGUGAUGGAGAAAAAUUACAUGAAAUGAGUGAAUUUUUACAAAGUGGAGGUGAAAAAAGUGUAUCAGUUAUGUUAUAUAUGAUUGCAUUGCAAAAUAUGACUAUUUGUCCAUUUCGAUGUGUUGAUGAAAUAAAUCAAGGUAUGGAUCCAAUUAAUGAACGACGUGUUUUUGAAUUACUUGUUAAACAUUCAUCUGAUAAAGCUAAUUCACAGUAUUUUUUACUUUCACCUAAACUUUUACCAAAUCUUAAAUAUAGUAGAAAAAUCAAAUUAUUAUUUGUAUGCAAUGGUGAUGUUAAUAUUAAAAGUCAAGACUGGAAUGUUUCGAAAUAUAUUGAACGCCGUCGGGCUCUUGCAAAUCAUUAA